CCGGCGAGGCGCCGCCGCCCGGCCCGGCCUCGCCUCGGACGCCUCGCUCCGACAUGCCCCGCUCUGGCGGCCGGGCUCGCGGAGGAUCAUGACUGCGGCAGCGAACUGGGUGGCGAACGGGGCGAGCCUGGAGGAUUGUCACUCCAACCUCUUCUCGCUGGCUGAACUCACGGGAAUCAAAUGGCGUAGGUACAAUUUUGGAGGGCACGGGGACUGUGGACCCAUAAUUUCAGCCCCAGCCCAAGAUGAUCCAAUCCUGUUAAGUUUCAUCCGCUGUCUGCAAGCCAACUUGCUGUGUGUAUGGCGUCGUGAUGUCAAACCAGAUUGCAAAGAGUUAUGGAUAUUCUGGUGGGGAGACGAACCCAACCUGGUGGGUGUAAUACAUCAUGAACUGCAGGUUGUGGAGGAAGGACUCUGGGAAAACGGCCUUUCCUAUGAAUGUAGGACGCUGCUCUUCAAAGCGAUCCACAAUCUGUUAGAAAGGUGCCUAAUGGAUAAGAACUUCGUUAGGAUUGGGAAGUGGUUUGUCCGACCCUAUGAAAAGGAUGAAAAGCCCGUCAACAAAAGUGAGCAUUUGUCCUGUGCUUUCACCUUCUUUCUUCAUGGGGAGAGUAAUGUAUGCACAAGUGUGGAGAUUGCCCAACACCAGCCAAUUUAUUUGAUCAAUGAGGAGCAUAUACACAUGGCCCAGUCUUCACCUGCACCAUUUCAAGUCCUGGUGAGUCCUUAUGGCUUAAACGGCACGCUAACAGGCCAAGCAUACAAGAUGUCAGACCCAGCCACCCGUAAGUUGAUUGAGGAAUGGCAGUAUUUCUAUCCAAUGGUGCUGAAAAAGAAAGAAUUGAAAGAAGAGGAGGAGUUGGGAUAUGAUGAUGAUUUCCCCGUGGCAGUUGAAGUAAUUGUUGGUGGUGUUCGCAUGGUUUAUCCAUCAGCUUUUGUUUUGAUCUCUCAGAAUGACAUCCCAGUUCCUCAGAGUGUUGCAAGUGCUGGAGGUCACAUUACAGUUGGGCAGCAGGGACUUGGUAGUGUGAAGGACCCAAGCAACUGUGGGAUGCCUCUCACCCCUCCCACCUCUCCCGAACAGGCUGUCAUAGGUGAGAGUGGAGGUAUGCAGAGUGCGCUCAGUCACCUCGGUUCCCAAGACGGGGGGAUGAUAACUAUGCACAGUCCAAAGAGAUCGGGGAAGAUUCCUCCCAAACUCCACAAUCACAUGGUCCAUCGAGUCUGGAAGGAAUGCAUCCUCAACAGAACCCAGUCCAAGAGGAGCCAAAUGUCAACUCCAACUCUUGAAGAAGAGCCCGCUAACAAUCCUGCUACUUGGGAUUUUGUGGAUCCAACCCAAAGAGUCAGCUGUUCCUGCUCUCGGCAUAAACUUUUAAAACGUUGUGCAGUAGGACCCAAUAGACCUCCCACAAUAUCUCAACCAGGGUUCAGUGCAGGACCAUCAUCGUCUUCGUCUUUACCACCUCCUGCUUCUUCUAAGCACAAAACAACAGAAAGACAGGAAAAGGGAGACAAGUUGCAAAAGAGACCCUUGAUACCAUUUCACCAUAGGCCCUCCGUGGCCGAAGAGUUAUGCAUGGAACAAGACACAGCGGGACAGAAGCUAGGGUUGGCAGGGAUAGACUCCUCCUUGGAGGUGUCUAGCAGUAGGAAGUAUGAUAAGCAAAUGGCCGUGCCUUCCAGAAAUACAAGCAAGCAAAUGAAUCUGAAUCCUAUGGAUUCACCUCAUUCCCCUAUUUCCCCUCUGCCACCAACACUCAGCCCUCAGCCACGAGGUCAGGAAACGGAGAGUUUGGACCCACCAUCUGUUCCUGUGAAUCCAGCCCUCUAUGGAAAUGGGCUAGAACUCCAGCAAUUGUCUACUCUGGAUGACAGAACUGUCCUCGUAGGCCAAAGACUGCCUCUGAUGGCAGAGGUCAGCGAGACAGCCUUAUAUUGUGGGAUUAGGCCCUCGAACCCAGAGUCAUCAGAUAAGUGGUGGCAUAGUUAUCGUCUCCCACCCCUUGACGAUGCUGAGUUCCGGCCUCCAGAGCUCCAGGGUGAGAGAUGUGAUGCCAAAAUGGAGGUAAACUCAGAGAGCACUGCACUGCAAAGACUCUUAGCACAACCUAACAAACGGUUUAAAAUCUGGCAAGACAAGCAGCCGCAGAUGCAGCCACUCCACUUCCUUGACGCAUUGCCUCUAUCACAACAACCUGGAGACAGUUUGGGAGAAGUCAAUGACCCAUAUACCUUUGAGGAUGGAGACAUAAAAUACAUCUUCACAGCAAACAAGAAAUGCAAACAAGGGACAGAGAAAGAUUCCCUGAAAAAGAAUAAGUCAGAGGAUGGAUUUGGUACCAAGGAUGUCACUACACCAGGUCAUUCCACGCCGGUGCCUGAUGGGAAAAAUGCCAUGUCUAUUUUCAGUUCUGCUACUAAAACAGAUGUCCGGCAGGAUAAUGCUGCUGGCAGAGCUGGCUCCAGCAGCCUUACGCAGGUGACAGAUUUGGCACCUUCCCUGCAUGACUUAGACAACAUCUUUGAUAAUUCUGAUGACGACGAACUUGGGGCUGUAUCACCUGCACUGCGCUCGUCAAAAUUGCCUGCGGUUGGGACGGAAGACCGGCCUCUUGGGAAGGAUGGAAGAGCUGCUGUUCCUUACCCACCAACAGUUGCAGACCUGCAAAGGAUGUUCCCCACUCCUCCUUCUUUGGAACAGCACCCUGCAUUUUCUCCUGUGAUGAAUUAUAAAGAUGGAAUCAGUUCAGAGACAGUGACAGCAUUAGGCAUGAUGGAGAGCCCUAUGGUCAGUAUGGUUUCAACACAGCUCACAGAAUUCAAAAUGGAAGUGGAAGACGGAUUAGGAAGUCCUAAGCCUGAGGAAAUAAAGGACUUUUCAUACGUGCACAAAGUUCCAACUUUUCAACCUUUUGUGGGAUCCUCCAUGUUUGCUCCACUGAAGAUGUUGCCGAGCCAAUGCCUGCUACCUCUGAAGAUACCUGAUGCCUGUCUGUUUCGGCCUUCGUGGGCAAUCCCUCCCAAAAUUGAACAACUGCCCAUGCCACCUGCAGCCACUUUCAUUAGAGAUGGCUACAAUAACGUGCCUAGUGUCGGGAGCCUCGCAGAUCCAGACUAUUUGAACACACCACAGAUGAACACACCAGUGACGUUGAACAGCGCUGCCCCAGCCAGCAACAGUGGAGCAGGAGUUUUGCCAUCUCCAGCAACCCCUCGCUUCUCUGUUCCCACACCACGAACCCCCAGGACCCCAAGAACUCCCAGAGGUGGGGGCACUGCCAGUGGUCAAGGGUCUGUUAAAUAUGACAGCACCGAUCAGGGGUCACCAGCCUCUACCCCCUCUACCACGCGGCCCCUUAACUCUGUGGAGCCUGCUACCAUGCAGCCAAUUCCCGAAGCCCACAGUCUCUAUGUCACCCUGAUUCUCUCCGAUUCGGUGAUGAACAUCUUUAAAGACAGAAACUUUGACAGCUGUUGCAUCUGUGCCUGCAACAUGAACAUCAAAGGGGCGGACGUCGGGCUUUACAUCCCCGAUUCUUCCAAUGAGGACCAGUACCGCUGCACCUGUGGGUUUAGUGCCAUUAUGAAUCGCAAACUGGGCUACAACUCAGGACUCUUCCUGGAAGAUGAGUUGGAUAUUUUUGGGAAAAAUUCUGAUAUUGGUCAGGCUGCGGAGAGACGCUUAAUGAUGUGUCAGACCACUUUCCUUCCUCAGAUGGAGGGAGCCAGAAAGUCCCAGGAGCCACCUAUAAGCCUUCUCCUCCUCCUCCAGAAUCAACAUACACAACCUUUUGCUUCACUGAGUUUCCUGGACUAUAUUUCCUCUAAUAGUCGCCAAACUCUUCCCUGUGUAAGCUGGAGUUAUGAUCGGGUGCAAGCAGAUAAUAAUGAUUACUGGACGGAAUGCUUUAAUGCCUUGGAGCAGGGCCGGCAGUAUGUGGAUAAUCCCACGGGUGGAAAAGUGGAUGAAGCUCUGGUGAGAAGUGCCACUGUGCACUCUUGGCCUCAUAGCAAUGUGCUCGACAUCAGCAUGCUGUCCUCCCAAGACGUAGUCCGCAUGCUGCUGUCCCUGCAGCCCUUUCUCCAAGACGCCAUCCAGAAGAAGCGCACAGGCAGGACCUGGGAGAAUAUCCAGCAUGUGCAGGGACCGCUCACCUGGCAGCAGUUCCACAAGAUGGCAGGCCGGGGAACCUAUGGUUCAGAAGAAUCUCCGGAGCCGUUGCCCAUCCCCACUCUGUUGGUGGGCUAUGACAAGGACUUCCUCACCAUCUCGCCCUUCUCCUUGCCGUUUUGGGAGAGGCUGCUGUUGGACCCGUAUGGGGGCCACCGUGAUGUUGCCUAUAUCGUGGUGUGUCCAGAAAAUGAGGCCUUGCUCGAAGGAGCCAAAACUUUCUUCAGGGACUUGAGCGCUGUAUAUGAGAUGUGCAGGCUUGGGCAGCACAAGCCCAUCUGCAAAGUGAUGCGCGACGGGAUCAUGCGCGUGGGCAAGACCGCGGCGCAGAAGCUGACAGACGAGCUUGUGAGCGAGUGGUUCACCCAGCCCUGGGGCAGUGAGGAGAACGACAAUCAUUCCAGACUCAAACUGUAUGCGCAAGUUUGUCGCCAUCACCUGGCACCUUAUUUAGCCACUCUGCAGCUCGAUAGCAGCCUGUUGAUACCACCUAAAUACCAGACCCCACCAGCAGCAGCGCAGGGACAAGCUACACCUGGGAACGCUGGGCCUUUAGCUUCUAAUUCAGGAUCGGCAGCUCCCUCAGCUGGCAGUACAUUUAAUCCCACCUCUAACGGUAGUUCUGCGAACCCCGCAGCGAGUGGCUCUGCAUCUGGUUCUUCCGUGCCACCCGUCUCGUCAGCCGCCUCUGCUCCUGGUAUUAACCAGAUAAGCACUGCCUCUUCUUCAGGCUUCAGUGGUAGUGCUGGAGGGCAGAACCCCAGCGCUGGGGCCGGUUCUGCAGAUCGAACUCAAGGGAACGCAGGCUGUGCUGGAGACACUGAGUCUGGGCAGAGCUCCUCUCAGCCCUCACAGGAUGGACAAGAAAGUGUUACAGAAAGGGAGAGAAUAGGAAUUCCCACGGAGCCCGACUCUGCAGACAGCCAAGCCUAUCCUCCAGCUGUUGUCAUUUACAUGGUGGACCCCUUCACGUACACUGCAGAGGAAGACUCCACUUCUGGAAACUUUUGGCUGUUGAGUUUGAUGCGCUGCUACACAGAGAUGCUGGAUAAUUUACCUGAGCAUAUGAGAAAUUCUUUCAUUCUCCAGAUUGUGCCUUGCCAGUACAUGCUGCAGACAAUGAAGGAUGAGCACGUUUUCUACAUUCAAUACUUGAAGUCCAUGGCGUUUUCAGUGUACUGCCAGUGCAGGCGGCCUCUGCCUACACAGAUCCACAUCAAGUCCCUCACGGGAUUUGGACCUGCCGCCAGCAUCGAGAUGACUCUCAAGAACCCAGAGCGGCCCAGUCCAAUCCAGCUUUACUCCCCUCCUUUUAUAUUGGCCCCCAUCAAAGACAAGCAGACAGAGCUGGGAGAGACGUUUGGUGAAGCGAGCCAGAAGUACAAUGUGCUCUUUGUGGGCUAUUGUCUGUCUCAUGAUCAGCGCUGGCUUUUGGCUUCCUGCACUGACCUCCAUGGGGAGUUAUUAGAAACUUGUAUUGUAAAUAUUGCUUUACCAAACAGAUCACGGAGGAGUAAAGUAUCUGCACGUAAAAUUGGACUACAGAAGUUAUGGGAAUGGUGCAUAGGUAUUGUCCAAAUGACGUCUCUACCCUGGAGAGUUGUAAUCGGGCGACUUGGGCGUCUUGGCCAUGGGGAGCUUAAAGAUUGGAGUAUCCUCCUUGGAGAAUGUUCACUACAGACAAUCAGCAAACGGCUCAAGGACGUGUGCCGGAUGUGUGGGAUCUCUGCCGCAGACUCUCCUUCUAUCCUUAGUGCCUGCCUGGUUGCUAUGGAACCCCAGGGGUCCUUUGUAGUGAUGCCAGAUGCUGUCACAAUGGGCUCUGUUUUUGGCCGAAGUACUGCACUAAACAUGCAGUCAUCUCAGCUUAACACCCCUCAAGAUGCUUCUUGUACACACAUCUUGGUGUUCCCAACAUCAUCAACCAUCCAAGUGGCUCCAGCCAACUAUCCCAAUGAAGAUGGAUUUAGCCCCAACAAUGAUGAUAUGUUUGUUGACCUUCCAUUCCCAGAUGAUAUGGACAAUGACAUUGGCAUAUUAAUGACUGGGAACCUCCACUCCUCUCCCAACUCCUCCCCAGUCCCUUCCCCAGGCUCUCCUUCUGGAAUUGGUGUGGGCUCUCACUUCCAGCAUAGUCGGAGCCAGGGCGAGCGCCUUCUUUCUCGAGAAGCACCCGAGGAGCUGAAGCAGCAGCCUCUGGCCCUUGGGUAUUUGGUAUCAACUGCCAGAGCUGAGAAUCUCCCGCAGUGGUUUUGGUCAUCAUGUCCCCAGGCUCAGAAUCAGUGCCCCCUCUUCCUAAAGGCUUCGCUGCACCACCACAUUUCUGUAGCACAGACGGACGAACUGCUCCCUGCCAGGAAUUCUCAGCGGGUUCCACAUCCUCUUGACUCCAAAACCACAUCUGAUGUUUUAAGGUUCGUUUUGGAGCAGUACAACGCUCUGUCCUGGCUCACGUGCAAUCCGGCCACCCAGGACCGUACCUCCUGCCUUCCCGUCCACUUUGUGGUGCUCACUCAGUUGUACAAUGCCAUCAUGAAUAUACUUUAAUUGGAAAAGCACUUGUUCUCUCUGGCUCAGUUCCUUCUCCCCGCAGCCUCAGCCCAAGGAACCUGCUACACUCUGCAGAUAGCCCACAUCCUCUCGAGACCACUCUCCACAGUCCUGCACUGUGAUUCCUUCUCAGCAGGCACAUGUCCUUUCUGCAGUGUUCUUUACCAGAGUGACUCACUGACACUUCUCUCAUGGACCUGGAAACUUCCAUAAGCAGUGACUUUCAGCCAGUGUCAUGGCGUGUGCAGCCCCAAACCACUGGUCCACAGGAAGUUUUUUUUGUUGUUGGUUUUUAAGAGGGAAACAGAAGAGACAGUAUCCUUUUGCACAAGAGUCUGUGUUUUCAGUCUCUGUUUAAAAAUAAGGGCAGUUUAGCCCUUUGGAUGAAAUCCUCUAGUUAUUGGUGUAUGGCCUGUGGGUUAUGUGAACUCCAUAAUCUGGGACUUUUUAAAAAUAAGAACCAGCUCAAGUAGACAAUUUCAUAAUGGGGUUUCUGUCUCCCUAGUGCUCCCAUCUAGAUUGGCGUGAGUGCUUUGGUUGACUUCAUACCUGUGUGUAGAUACAAAAGGUCUGAGACAUCUUCAUUUUGUUUAUUUAUUUUAAGUUGUCUUGUCAUAUAGUUUUUGUGACUUUCUUUUAAUUUUUUUAAUUCACAAGGACCAGGUACAGUAGCUGAAACCCAACUCAGAUCCACCAUAGGAUUCUUUGACUACAUACCUCUGUCCUAGAAGCCGGAAAAGGAGUGAAAACAAAUUGGGGAGAUCACGCCUAAAAAGUAAUAUAUUUAAAACCACCCAACAGUGGGUUUUGUUAAGAACAAACUGGGUAAACAUUCUGCCAUGUUCCUUAUUAAAAGUGGCCAGCGUUUCAUGAAGGAUAACAUUUUUAUACAGAAGGCAGUCAAGCUCAACCCAGAGCCAUGGAGGCAAGUACCUUCAUUAGUUUUAUAUAGUCACAAUGGGAAUAUAUUUUCUAGUGAAUUCUUAUUGAAAGCCAGGUCUCUCCUCUCAUUAGAUCAAAAGGGACUCAUGUACAUAUCACAGUCGAAAGUGUUUGCUCAUAAAAUCAGUUAUAAAUAUGGUGAAUUUUUUCUGGACCAUAGGAAUAUUAUUUCAAAGAAAUAUUACAACUUAACCAUUAAAUUAGUACUUGAAGUUGAGCCUUCAUGGUGGGACUUUUUUAAAAAUGCCUUUUGAAAGCAUUAAUGGCUAAUUGAAGUAUCUUAUGACCCCUCAUUCCAGGCCCAAGAGGAUUGUCUUUAAGACUUCGUUUCUAACCCUUAUGUUGCUGUGCGUGUCUGUCUGAGGGCAGUGGGCGUGGGCUUGCCUCCUGCGAGCCGCUCUCAUCAGGCCGUGAGCCCUAGUCAGCUGUGGAGAGAAUCAUGCACAUUUUAAAUCUUCCAAGAGACUUCCAUAUCCUGGUCGUUAACAAAAAAAGGAAAAAUGUAAUAACUGAUAUGAUUUUGUAAAAGUAUUUUUCUUGAAAUAAUCUAACGUUUAAAACAUUAUAUUAAAAAAAAGUUGUGUGGUGGGAAUUGAAAGCAGAGAAAUAACUUGUAAAUGGAUAAUUUUGUUCUCUGUACCACCAAUCAAAGGGGGGGUUGACUUUCGCAAUGUAUAGGUUAAAAAAAAUCUGAUAUAUCGAACCAUUUGUAUCUAAUGUGUACAGUGUAAAAUUGACUUUAAAAAUAUUGCAGUGCUAUUUUUUCUUAAUCAGAAAGGAAAAAUUCUCAAGGCCUUUUGAAGAGCAUAAGAUGAUGAAGAUUGUAAACUUGUAUAAAAUUAUCUUGGUGAGAAGACAAAUUGUAAAGUAGAUAUUUGUAAUCUUUUACCACUUUGGGGUUGCUUUUUUCCCAGAAUUCAUCAGAACUUUGAAUUUUUUUUUAAAAUGGGCUGUUUUUAAUGCAGGGGCUUUUCUUCCCUAGAAACCCGAUUCUAAGCAAAAAAAAGAAAAAAACCACAAAAAACAAAAAACCCCUACAAAAAUUUUAAAAAAAGGCAGCAAAGGGUAGUUUUCAUCUGGUGUCUCUUAUUUAAGUUUUUUAAGUUAAGAAAAGCUGGUGACAUAUUUAUACGUUUUUGUGCAAAAAUAAAUGAAUGGCAAUAGAUUUUAAAAAAUCUUAUUAUGUACUUCUGUGUGAAAAAGUCUGUAUAAUAUUUCCCUUAAAUAUGCAUUAUUUUACUUGUGAGUUUUUUACUGAAUUAAUCUGAAAUGUACAAGCCCUGGAUUUGCUACAGAGUGAGAAGUUAUUUUAUUUUUUUUUUAUUUUUAAUUUUGGAAAUUCUGCAGAAAUCAGAACUCUUACCAUGGUUUGAACUAAAAUGGGGAAAUGGGGAGGGGAGAGGGGCGGGAUUGUCCAGCAUGCUCGUAUGUAUAUUUCAGAACCUUUUUUAAAUGUAAAAGCUGUACAUUUCUGGGAAGUUCUGAAUUUCUUUUGUUUCCUUUUUUCCUUCAGGCAUUUUGCAGUGAGCUUCUUUUAUAUAUAGCAAACAAUUUGAAAGAAUACAAAAAUAUGUGAAGUUCAUUUAAAAAACUACAGUAUAGCGCUGGUACAGUACACUAAAAGACUUUGAUAAAAAGAAACAAUACUAAAGGCCUCCAUUUUACAUGUCAUUCAUAUAUACCUUGUGAAUGAGAGCUAUAUACUUUUACACACUUUUUUAGAGGAAUAAAUUAUUGAAUUACUGAAA